UGAGGAGGGGGAGGUGGUGGUGGUGGUGGUGGGGAAGCGCCUACAGAUUUUCGCGGCGUGGAGAGAGGAGAAAGACGCGCCGCGGCUCAUCAAAACAGAAUGGCAGAGGUGGCUUUGAUAGAAAGAUUGGAAAAAGCUGUAAUUAGGCUUGAAUCAUUGUUAUCAGAAUCACAGAGAACUUCUGAAACUAUCAAUGGAGUCAAUGGAGAGCUAGCACCAUAUGUUGAAGCUUUUGACAGACUCAUGAAUGAGAGUGUAGCUGAGUUUAUAAAGAAUAGCAAGAUCCUUGAUGGUGAUAUAAAGAUUCAUGCAGAAAUGGUUCAAGCCGCUUUCCAAGCUCAAAGGGCAUUUCUUUGGUUGACCUCACAUUAUCAAGAACCCCAGGAGAAUGAAGUUGCCAUUCUUUUAAAACCAAUAUCGGAAAAGAUUCAGGAAAUCCAGACGUUCAGAGAGAGAAAUCGUGGAAGCAAUAUGUUUAAUCAUCUGUCUGCUGUCAGCGAAAGUAUUCCAGCUCUUGGAUGGAUAACAAUUUCUGCUAAGCCAGGGCCUUACGUAAAGGAGAUGAACGAUGCUGCUACAUUUUAUACUAAUAGGGUGUUAAAUGACUACAAGCAUAGUGAUUUGCGUCACAUUGAUUGGGUGAAAUCAUUCCUUAAUAUUUGGACAGAGCUUCAAGCAUACAUAAAAGAAUAUCACACUACUGGGCUCAUCUGGAGUAAAACUGGUCCAGUAGCGUCAGCAGCAUCGAGUUUCCCUGCUGUAGUGAACAAACAAGGCCUCCCUCCACCGCCACCUCCACCACCACCUCCGCCACCAGGACCUCCUCCUGCCAUCGAUAGAGAAAAUGCAAAAGAUGACGCAACUGCAUCUCGUGCAGCCUUAUUUGAGCAAUUGAACCAGGGAGAAGCAAUUACUAAAGGACUUCGACAUGUCUCUGAUGACCAGAAGACCCAUAAAAAUCCCAGUCUGCGUGCUCAAGGAGUACCAAUGCAAUCUCCUACCAAAACCUAUACUUCUGAGUCUCCCAAAAUACCUCCUCAAAAGAGUUACUGUCCUGUGUUAGAACUUGAAGGCAAGAAAUGGAGAGUGGAGUACCAGGAGGACAAGAAUGACCUAUUAAUUUCAGACACUGAACUCAAGCAAGUAGCUUACAUCUUCAAGUGCAAUAAAUCUACAUUACAGAUAAAAGGAAAAGUUAAUUCCAUUAUUGUUGACAACUGUAAAAAGUUUGGCCUUGUAUUUCACAAUGUUGUUGGUAUUGUUGAAGUAAUAAAUUCCAAGGACAUUCAGAUACAGGUGCUUGGGAAAGUGCCAACCAUUUCAGUGAACAAAACUGAAGGCUGCCAUAUAUACCUCAGUGAGGAAUCAUUAGAUUGUGAGAUUGUGAGUGCUAAGUCAUCUGAAAUGAACAUUCUGAUACCACUGAAUGGCGACUAUAAAGAAUUUCCUGUCCCUGAACAGUUUAAGACGUCAUGGGAUGGAUCAAAAUUGGUUACUGACCCUACCGAAAUUAUGGGUUAGUUUCCAGACCAUACAGAAACUGCUGACCAUGAUCUCCAAAGAAAUUCUGCCAGAAGAAAGUAGCAGCACGAAGAACAAAAAAAGCAGCACUAAAUUGCACCACGGGUGUCUCCACAGGGGGGCAUCUGGGACAUAUGAUGAUUCAUGCAUGAUGAUAUCAUGCAAAUACUACAAAUUAUCUGCUUGUGUCGGAAGGUAGGGUGCAAGUAUAUUAUUGAAGCAUUUGCAUGAUGUCACUAUGCGUGUGAUUUCUUGACAUUACUGCAGUUUAGUUUAUAUUGCAGUUAGUAGAUUUUAAGGAAGCUAUAAAAUCAAUUGCUUUACAUACAGUAUUUUUUCCGCGCUGAGAUAAUCAUUGGAGGAAAGCAUAUAGAUAUAUAUAUACAUACAGUAUAAUGAAAUGCAUAUUUCAAGAAAACAUGGCAUUCUGCCAUGAUUACAUAUGCAUGGAAAUCAUUCUGUUCAAUCUCUGUACACUUUUUGUAAGUAACCUGACAUUUUCUAAAAUAUCUACAAUUUGCCUUUAUUCGCAGAUAAUGUACUCAUGGUAUCAUAUGAACACAUAAAGACAUUAAAGAGUUAAGCCAGUGGCUACUUCAUACAAUAAGCCUGAUAUAAUUUGUAAUAUUUCAGUGUAUUCCUUUUUUUAAUGAUUGGUGGUCAAAAAUACCAAUACCAAUAAAUAAUACGUCAUUUUACUUCAUGGAAUUGAUACCAUGUACUAUAUAUAGCUGGACCUCAAUAAAUCUGUAUAUUUGCUAAUGGAAAAGAAAGCCAGAUGUUUUAAUUAUAUUUCAGUUAUAUGCUUCCACCUUCUAUUUUUAGCACUCAGGAGGCUAACAAAUAGAGCAUCUGUAAGGGCUCUAUCACCUGCAGUACUAUGGAGUAGUUCACACUGAUCAGUACUUU